GGAAACGCCAACCUCAAGGCCCAGAUCCUCUUCGGCAGCAUCGCGGAGUGGGGGCCGCAGGCCGCGAACUACUGCCGCGCCAUCGGCCACCAGUACCACGUGCUGGCGCUCGCGGAGACGCGCGUUGACGCCGGGGGCAUCGGCGACCUGCACGGCAAGCUCGCCAUGGACGGGUGGAAGAUGGCCGCCACUCCCGCCGUCCAGAUCCACAAGUCGGACGUCGGCACGCACGGUGGCGAGUGGGUGCUGGCGCGACGGGACGUCGCGGCCACCACCUUCGAGGGCUACAGGGAGUACUACCUCCAGGCCUACAAGCGCCAGCCGUUCGUGGGCUUUUCGCCCACGAUCCUACGCACCAGGAGCGGCAACGUGAUCGUCGUGGCCGCGUGCUUGCGGCCAGGCCUCCGUGACAUGGGGGCCAAUCGCGACGUUCUCAUGUCGAUCUCUACGUUCAUCGACAUGCUUGCUGACCCCUGGAUCACCCUGGUUGACUGGAACUCCGCGCCGCCCUGGUGGAAGGACAAGCCGUGGCUCAGCCGCUGGAGUGGCGCCAUCGUCACCGAUCCUGCGUGCGCCGCCACGUGCGACAAGGGCAAGGGCUCCAUCUACGACUGCGCGAUCGUCAGGUCCGACAUCGCAUCCCGCAUCACUGUAGAGGUGGUCUACGACGUGCCGUGUAAGCCCCAUUGCGGCAUGCAGGUCGCCAUCGGCGACGCAGAGCCCUGGGGCUACCGCGCUAUAAAGGAGUUCGAUGCCCUCCACUACCCAGAGCCCCAGCCGCCUGAGGACGACGCGCCGUUCUUCAUCCCCGACACCGUCUGGGGCGCGGCCGCGUGCACCGUGGCCACGUGCCCGAGUUCCAGGGCGACCUUGUGGCUGGUGGCAGCAUUCGGCGCGCUCAUGCAGCGCUACACGGCGCUAGUCAAGAAUGGCAAGGGCGUGAAGGCGCGGGAGUUGAUCGCGAGGCGCGCCCAGGCGAUGCUGAUUCAGAUCGGCAGCGACGACGACCGCAAGAAGUACUUCGGCCCCAAGGGCGACCCUACGGAGGCCGAGGGGUGGAAGCUCCAGGUGGCCUCCCUGGACUUCUGCGACGAGCACGACCUCGGCCUUAUCUGCGCGACCACCCAGCGCUGGCAGCACGGCGCCGCAGCCAGAGCCGCGGGGAGGGCCCGUAUGCGCUACCUCGACUGGGCCAAGCGGGCCUGGACGGAUCCCCCAGGGAAGCUCCGCGCCAUCGUGAAGGACCCGAGCCCACCCAAGCUCGAGACUGAGCUCCACGGCGUCACCUUCGCCGACCCCUACACGGUUAUGAAUAGGGCCGCCAGCGUGUGGAGGCAGAUCUGGAAUACCAGCUCCUACGACGAUCACCAGAUCAUGCAGGCCUACCUGGAGGCGAUGCGCAGGGCGAGGGAGGGCCCGAUCCCCUGCAUCGAGCCGCAGCGCAUCUACGCGGUCGUAAGCGUCGCGGACCCCAAGAAAGCCCGUGGGGUCGACAACAUUGGGCCUCUCGGCAUACAGAGAUUGCCCUCCAACGGCAUCAACCAGCUGGCGCAGCUCUACAACUUCGUGGAGCAUGCUGGGCUAGGGCCGCAGCGGUUCUGCGCCACGGUUGGCGCGAUGGCUCCUGAGCCCGCUG